AUGAUGAAAGCAUUGUGCUACUCGAAGCCUAACAGUAUUGCAUGGAAAUCUGUGCCCAAGCCAGUGAUCAAAUUGCCUGGCGACGUGAUUGGCAAAGUUCUUGCAACCACCAUCUGUGGAACCGAUCUUCAUAUUGUUAAAGGUCACGUUCCUGAGAGCACAGCGACUGCCGAAGCAAGUCCUGACAAGGGCCUGAUUCUUGGCCAUGAGGGAAUUAUCCAGAUCGUCGAGACAGGUCCAUCCGUGAGCAAGUUCAAGCAGGGAGAUGUGUGUGUUGUGUCGUGCAUCACGUCCUGUGGCGAUUGCUACUAUUGUGCCAAAGACAUCCAGGCACAUUGCAAAAAAAGUGAGGGUGGCUCUGGCUGGAUAUUGGGCCACACAAUUGACGGAACACAGGCAGAGUUUGUGAGAAUCCCGUUCGCAGACCAUUCUCUCUACAAAGCUCCUCAAUCGCUCUCUUUUGACUCGCUGCUCAUGUUGAGCGAUAUCUUGCCAACUGCCUACGAGGUUGGUGUUCUGGCAGGUCACGUGAAGAAAGGCGACACGGUUGCAAUUGUCGGACUCGGACCUGUUGGUUUGUCAGCUCUCAUCUCGGCAAAGGCCUUGGAACCAGCCAAGAUCAUUGCCAUUGACCUCGAUGACAGCAGACUCCAGGUUGCAAAGGAAAUGGGAGCUGACGAACUGAUCAAUUCGUCCAAGGUGGACGCCAAACAGCAGGUCCAUCAGCUAACAACCUCCGACAUCAAGGACUCCGGAGUCGACGUUGCUAUCGAGUGUGUCGGUCUGCCUCCUUCUUUCGAGCUCUGCGAGGAGCUGAUUGCUCCUGGCGGCCAUAUCUCCAACGUUGGAGUCCACGGAUCCCCAGUGCAGCUGCAGUUGCAAAACCUGUGGGGAAAGAACGUCUCUCUUUCCACAGGACUAGUCUCUGCCUACUCCACACAGGCUCUUCUCGACAAGGUGUUGGAGAAGAAAAUCAGCCCAGAGAUUCUUGUCACCCAUCAUUUCAAGCUCGACGAGUUUGAAAAGGCAUACCAGGUGUUUGGCAACGCUGCCGCCAACAAAGCCAUCAAGGUGGUGCUUGGCUCCGAUCAUUAA